UCCCGGGGCUGCCCGCCCGCCGCUGCUCCUCUGCCCACCUACCAUGAGGAGCGGCUCCUCCCACCUGCCCAUAAAAGCCAAGUGCAUGUUACCCGCAGCGGAUCAGAGCACUUUCCCGGUCCUCUCCUGCGGGAGCCCCCCGAGCCUCUCUCCUGGAUCUUACGUGCUCAAGAAGCUGUUCUGGAAGUGGAGCAGCAUCUGGGGAAGGAACGGAAACCAGCCCCACACGUGCCCCAGGGAGGCACAAGCAAGGACAGCGGUCCUGGACUCCGCAGGCGGCCAAGUCUAAAUGUGAUGGCUGGGCCACAUUCCCCUCUGCAGCUGCUGGGAGUCCUGCUCACCCUUUCUGUGGGCUCCGUCCGGCUCAUCCAAGCUGGUGCCUACUAUGGAAUCAAGCCGCUGCCACCUCAAAUUCCUGCUCAGAUCCCACCGCAAAUUCCGCAAUACCAGCCCCUGGGCCAGCAAGUACCUCAUAUGCCUUUGGGCAAAGAUGGCCUGAACGUGGGCAAGGAGCUGCCCCACAUGCAGUAUGGCAAAGAGUAUCCACACCUACCCCAAUAUAGGAAGGAAGUUCAGCCGGCACCGAGAAUGGGCAAGGAAGCGGCGCCCAAGAAAGGCAAAGUAGAAAUACCACUAGCCAGUCUGCGAGGGGAGCAAGGUCCCCGUGGAGAGCCUGGCCCAAGAGGACCACCUGGGCCCCCUGGUUUACCGGGUCAGGGGAUACCUGGAGUCAAAGGAAAACCGGGGCCGCAGGGGUAUCCAGGAAUUGGGAAGCCAGGUAUGCCCGGAAUGCCAGGAAAGCCAGGAGCCAUGGGAAUGCCUGGGGCCAAAGGGGAGAUCGGACCCAAGGGGGAGAUCGGACCCAUGGGGAUCCCCGGACCACAAGGGCCUCCAGGGCCUCACGGACUUCCUGGCAUUGGGAAGCCAGGUGGGCCAGGGUUACCAGGGCAACCAGGUGCCAAAGGUGAGAGAGGACCCAAAGGACCACCAGGCCCCCCAGGCCUUCAGGGUCCUAAAGGAGAGAAGGGCUUCGGGAUGCCGGGUCUGCCAGGCCUGAAGGGUCCUCCAGGGAUGCACGGCCCUCCUGGCCCUGUAGGACUUCCAGGAGUGGGUAAACCAGGGGUGACAGGCUUCCCUGGGCCCCAGGGCCCCCUGGGAAAGCCAGGCCCUCCAGGCGAACCUGGGCCACAAGGCCCUAUCGGGGUCCCAGGGGUUCAAGGACCUCCUGGGAUACCUGGAAUUGGCAAACCGGGCCAGGACGGGAUCCCCGGGCAGCCAGGAUUUCCAGGUGGUAAAGGGGAGCAAGGCCUGCCAGGGCUGCCAGGACCCCCAGGCCUCCCAGGGGUUGGGAAACCAGGCUUCCCUGGACCCAAAGGUGACAGGGGCGUCGGGGGUCUUCCUGGGCCUCUGGGACCAAGGGGGGAGAAAGGACCAGUAGGUGCUCCUGGAUUGGGGGGUCCCCCAGGAGAGCCAGGCCUGCCUGGAAUUCCAGGUCCUAUGGGUCCUCCAGGUGCUAUUGGUUUUCCUGGACCCAAAGGAGAAGGUGGGGUUGUGGGGCCACAGGGGCCCCCAGGACCGAAGGGUGAGCCAGGGCUUCAAGGCUUCCCAGGAAAGCCAGGUUUCCUGGGCGAAGUGGGGCCCCCUGGCAUGAGGGGCUUGCCAGGUCCCAUAGGGCCCAAGGGGGAGGCUGGGCUCAAAGGCUUGCCAGGGCUACCGGGCGCCCCAGGGCUGCUUGGACCAAAGGGAGAGCCAGGAAUCCCAGGGGAUCAGGGUUUACAGGGCCCCCCAGGCAUCCCAGGGAUUGCAGGCCCGAGUGGCCCCAUUGGACCACCUGGAAUUCCCGGCCCCAAAGGAGAACCCGGUCUCCCAGGGCCCCCGGGGUUCCCUGGAGUAGGGAAGCCUGGAGUAGCAGGACUUCAUGGCCCCCCGGGGAAGCCUGGUGCCCUGGGUCCCCAAGGCCAGCCAGGCCUUCCUGGACCCCCAGGCCCUCCGGGGCCCCCGGGGCCCCCAGCUGUGAUGCCCCCGACACCACCACCCCAUGGAGAGUACCUGCCAGAUAUGGGGCUGGGCAUCGACGGAGCGAAACCCCCGCACGCCUACGGGGCUAAGAAAGCCAAGAACGGAGGAGGGCCGGCCUACGAGAUGCCCGCGUUCACCGCCGAGCUGACGGCGCCUUUCCCGCCCGUGGGGGCCCCGGUGAAGUUCGACAAACUGCUCUAUAACGGCAGACAGAACUACAACCCGCAGACGGGCAUCUUCACCUGCGAGGUCCCCGGGGUCUACUACUUUGUCUACCACGUUCACUGCAAGGGGGGCAACGUGUGGGUUGCUCUGUUCAGGAACAACGAGCCCGUGAUGUACACCUACGACGAGUACAAGAAGGGCUUCCUGGACCAGGCGUCCGGCAGCGCCGUGCUGCUGCUCCGGCCCGGAGACCGGGUCUUCCUGCAGAUGCCCUCCGAACAGGCCGCGGGGCUGUACGCGGGGCAGUACGUCCACUCCUCUUUUUCAGGAUAUUUAUUGUAUCCCAUGUAAAAAAGAAAAAAAGCAAAGAGAGAGAUUUAAUGGAAGAAAAGAAAAUGAUGCACCCCCAAAAUCCAAAUGAGAAACAUAAUUGCUUCGAAACAUUUAUAUAGUUGGAAAGUUAUAUUUAAGUGAAAAUUUGAACCGACAUGUACAAAUAAAAACUAAGAUGCAUGCUUAAUGCUCUGCACGGCAGCCUGUGAUUGAAAAUGAUGGGAUAGAUUUUAUGUAUCAAGUACUGACACUCGUGUUGUACCCACUGGAAUUGUAUUAGCUGCUUAUGUUAUGUGCUUCCAUGAUAACCUGCUUAAUUCAGAUCGAAGUAUUUCAGUAUGAAAGAGCAUCAUAGGCAAUGAAAGUCACUCACUCAUAUUGUUUACUUUAAAAUAUUUAUAAAUAUGGCUUAAAGAAAUGUCAGUGAUAACAAUUACAUACCGUAUUUACUUGCAUAAUUUCCUCUGUAUUUGUGCAGAUAUUUUGCCCUGGUAUGUGGGGGUGUCCUGCAGUGCUCUUCCCCAGUGAGACGGGGACGAAGAACCAGGGUAGGGCUUUAGUCCACAGGAUAUUUCACCCCUGUUGGAGGCUGUGUCUUUUACAAGAGCUCUACUCAGAAUUGUAUGUCCAGUGUCCCUGGAAGAACAACUGUAGUGUAUUUACUCGUGCCUUCUCUGUGCCGAGCACUGGAUGACACAUUUUUGUGGGGCUUAAGACAGUGAGUGCCCCAGAAGAAGCUAACAAACCAGCUGGGAGACAUGAGCGGAAAGUAACUCAUUUGUUCCUCAAGGAACAAAUGUAUUUGCUUGUAUUUUCCUUUCCCGUGAUUUUUUUUUUUUCUUUCUUCUUGUCUCCAUGUAAUUUACACUAUGAAUCAACUAAUAUGAACACCUAGAAGUCAUAAGAAAAAAAAAAUAACCCUCUCCCAGCCGAACUUUCCAGUCUUGUGGAAAGUUCAUUAUCAAUAGCAGUUCUUAACUGUGUUUACAUGCAUAUAAUAAUCCCCUUCCUCUGGCUACACACACAAAUAAUUACAAUGAGGUUUCAUGCAUGAAGGGGAUAUCAGUACUUUUUAGUAGCUAUUGAAUUUCAAUGAAAUUUCCCUGCGUAGUAUACAUACAAAUCCGUGUGUCAUCUGAGGUUCCAGAGUGAAUUCCCUAAAUCUAAGCUGUCCUUUACUUGGGGAAAGAAAGGGGAGCUUCAGGAUUAUAUAGGAAAAAAAAAUUUUUCUGAAAAAAUAAUUUCUGAAGUCUUAAAUGAACAAAUGGAUGUUACUUCCUGCUGUAAGUACCCAAAAAUGCAGGAAGCAACUUGUGAAAGAGCCGUGUGGAAUGUUAAAGGGCAAUGACAGCACAUGCUUUUUAUGUCACCCCACAAGUACAAGAAUCAAUACAAUUUUAAAGAGAAAAAUAAAUAUUUUUCCAGGUUUUCACUUAGUUACAUAUGAAUUGCUUUGCAUAUUAACAUCUGGUCUCAAAACACAGACAAAGCAUUUCAAGUUGGCUAUGAGUAUGCUGCUGAUACUAUAAGCCACUGGGGGGAAUAAUGUGGGGCUAUGGUGGUGAAGUCUUGUAUCUUCUCCUCAAAAUUAAGAGUGAGGAAACAAGGUGAUAGGUACAGAUGGGAAAAUACACAAAUAAAUACGGUAUAUAAACACACAUGGAAUUGUGUCUACGUGAAAUCGGAAUCCUUUUAACCAUCGAAAAUGUUCUCCUCAGCCUAGUAUCUGUCUUUUCCCUCUUUUCCUUAUAUGGUAUACAAGCACCAUUUGUUCUCAAUUCGUUAGAAUGAGAAAUGAGUUCAUUAUCACGUGGUUUCUUACUCAUGGCUAAACAUAUGACAAACUUUUCCCAUCAGAAACAUAUCCCACUCAACCUUCAUUUUCAAAGCAGAUAGCACCUAUGUGGCCAAACAUCUUUUGGGUUGGUCUUGAGGGUGCUGGUUGUGGGCAAACGGCUGUGAGGGCCACUUGGGUCCACUUGGGUUCCAUCUGCUGAAUAGCUGCAUGGAAAUGGCUCGGAAGCAAGUCAGCUCAGCUCGUUUAUAAAACUGUAUUUAUCUGUACAUGUAUGGGCUUUUUAUUUCCACAAAGAGAGGAAGUACCUUUUUAGUCAAAACCAAAUUUCACUUUUCAAAUACCUUCCAACUUAUUUAUUGGUUGUUACUCAAUUGCAUCUGUGUGUGUGUGUGUGUUUGUGUAUUAUCAGGCAUAUGCUUCUAACUUUUAGAUAGGAGAGGAGCAAAAUCUAUGCCAGAUACUGUGUAUUCUAUUAUACAAUGGUGCUAAUCUCAGAGCUAAAUGAAUUACUCCAUUUAAUUUAAAAAAGAGUUUUAAGUAAUUAUCUAUGCAUCUGUGUUUCCCUUUGGAGUGUUACACAUCAUGUUAACACUCUGAGUGUACAGGCAGAUGAAACAAGCACAUGUGCUAAAGUUUAGGGACAGUGCUACAAUUCCUAGUAAUUCAAAAUUAACUAGAACUUUUCCAUGUGAAAUGGACCAAACUGACAAUAUUGUUAUUUCAAUACAGAGUUUGAAUGUAGGGUAACAUCCCACAGGGGCGAAGAAUGUCUUCAGUGGGUGACUGUUCUCAAAAUAUUUUACAGAUAACCAUGAAUGGUGAACAGACUGGUAACUUUUUUUGAGUUUCCAUGAUAGAUUUGAGACAUGUCAAUAACAAAUCAUUUUUGUAUUUAAAAUUUUGUACUGAUUUGAAAAAAAGAGUCUUAUUAAAUACCUUUAAAAGUA